CCUUUUGCGCCUGCGUAGAAAGGCCGACCAAAUGACAGCUCGCUCCUCUGUCUCUGUGGAAGUCGACGCUGAUUUCUGUCAACGAACCUAACCGGCUAGCAACUUCAAAAUGGAAAGGAAUAAAAACAUUGUCUAGAUAUUUGCGUGGAAUUAAAUGACUAUUUUCUUGAAAUGUUACCGUUUUUUGUUGUAGUAUCCGGUUAAUGCCUUCAUGUAAUUUGGGUUGACAGCGUUUUUAGUUAGGUUUUUUGUUUUGGUAUAAAACUAGCAGCAAGCUAACUGUUAGCUACGUUAGCUUUACGAGGAGGCCAAACUUAUUUUUCUUUAUUUUCUGUCAUAAUUAACUACUUAGCUGCCAUUUAUACUGUGAAUAAAUUAGUUAGACAUAUCGUCGUGCUUGCUAUGUUCGUUUAGACUUGUGUAUUUUCAAACUCAUUGAUUCUCUUGAGUGAUCGCAUUUAUUUUGUUUUGGACAAUAAGGACGCAAGGACUGUAGUGUUAAUUUCCUACCUUGGCUUCGGACACAUUGUGUUUAUUUUAUUAUGUCUUGAAGUACCUGUCAAAGGAAAGGAAACGUUUUACACUAUGCUUCUGGAAGGCGGUGUGUUGUUUUGGGCCAGUUGCCACGGUCCAAGACUCUAAAGAAGUGAUUUCAGUCAACUAACGACUCACAAUCAACAUCAACUGUUUCCCUCGACGCGUUGGAUACUAACGUUAGCCACCGAGCUCAGCUACUUCAAUUCACUUGCUCUGUAACAUUUGACAGCUUGCUUAUCGGGCUAGUCAACCCCAUAUGAUCAGUUUUCCGUCGGGGGGACAUCUUAGCUACCGUUGUGCCUUUUCCUUUCCAUAAUGUCUUGUGUGCAUUAUAAGUUCUCAUCUAAACUCAACUACGACACGGUCACUUUCGAUGGCCUGAACAUCACUCUAGCCGAUCUGAAACGACAGAUCAUGGGUCGGGAGAGACUCAAAGCUGUCGACUGCGGGCUACAAAUCACCAACGCCCAAACUAAAGAAGAAUACAAAGACGAGGAGGCCCUCAUCCCCAAGAACUCCUCUGUCAUCAUCAGAAGAAUACCCAUCGGAGGAGUCAAGGCCACAAGCAAGAUAUAUAACGUUGAGCAUUCUUCAGACCACAAUCACUACCCCGUCGGACCCUCCAAAGCAGAUCAUUCUUCAGACCACCACCACCACUACCCCGUCGGACCCUCCAAAGCAGAUCAUUCUUCAGACCACCACCACUACCCCGUCGGACCCUCCAAAGCAAUUGAUGAUCAUGCUGCUUCUAUAUCACUGGCCCAACUCUCUAAGACGGCUAACCUGGCGGAGGCCAACGCAUCAGAGGACGACAAGAUCAGAGCCAUGAUGUCACAGUCCAACCACGACUACGACCCCAUACAUUAUAUGAAGAAGUUGACGGGUCUCCCGCCACCCAACUACACCUGUUAUCGCUGUGGCAAGAAUGGACACCACAUCAGGAACUGUCCUACUAACGGGAAGGACAAAGGGUUUGAGCCGCCCCAGAGGAUUAAGAAGAGCACCGGCAUCCCUCGUUCCUUCAUGACGGAGGUGGACGACCCGUCUAUAAAGGGAGCCAUGCUGACCAACACUGGCCGCUACGCCAUCCCUACUAUAGAUGCUGAGGCCUACGCUGUAGGUAAGAAGGAGAAGCCUCCGUUCGUCCCCAGAGACAAGUCCAGUUCAGAGGAGGACGAGGAUCCUAUUCCUGAUGAGCUCCUCUGUCUGCUCUGUAAAGACCUGAUGACUGAUGCUGUGGUCAUACCCUGCUGCGGAAACUCCUACUGCGACGACUGUAUCCGUACGUCUCUGCUGGAGUCAGAGGAGCAUGUGUGUCCCACCUGUAGCCAAUCGGAUGUCUCCCCUGACGCCCUCAUAGCCAAUAAGUUCCUGCGCCAGGCGGUAAAUAACUUCAAGAAUGAGACGGGUUACACCAAACGCAUGACGGGAGUAGCCCAGCCUCCCUUUGUUCCCAACCCCGCCCCUCCUCUUCAGCCUCAGUCCCGCCCUCAGUGCCCGCUCCAGCCUAUCAGGAGCCAGCAAGACCCUCUCGUGCCCCGCCCUCCAGCCUUAGACACGCCACCAUUGGCUCAGCAGCAGCAGCAGGUUGGCACGCCCCUCAGGGUCGGGAACCAGAAUAACUCCUCCCGCGUGGCUGCUGGCUCCUCCUAUAACUCAGCGGGCCCCUCCCCCCAGCACCCAACCAAUCACAACAACACGCUCAUGCCAAAAGAGCCAGAGAGUGGUGGGGGUGCUCAGCCUGUGGUGGUCUCAGCCGACCCCCCGCCUCUAUCCACUCCCCUCAUGGCCAAGGGCUACCGUGUUCCAGUGCCGGACCAACACCGGUCUGCCAGUCACACCCUGCAGAGGACAGGUCCUCCACCCAGGUCCAACCCCACUAGACCCUCUGAAGGACCACCCCAUUGGGACAGGUACAGCCCCUCCGGUCGUGGCAGGAACCAUAGCGACCGCGCCCCUCCCUCCCAGCCCCCUCCCUCCAACGUGCCACCCCCUCUCUACGCCCCUCCCUCCCUUUUCUCUUCCCCACUCCCCCGUCCCCCGGGUGUCAUGCCCCCCCACUACCCCCCUCCCCACUUCCCCCCGGGUCAACAGCCCCCAUCCAGCUACUCCCUGCCCCCACCUGGCUACCACCCCACCCCUGGAGUCACCAACCCUCCUGGGCGCCCCCAACACCCAGCCCCCUCACCGGCAAGCCCAUCCCCUCCCUCCUCCUCCUCAUCCUCCUCCUUCCUCUCCAAGGAUGAGUUCUACAGACAACAGAAGAGGCUGAAGGACAACUCCCACUGUCGCUAUGGUAACCGGGAAAAGUCCAAGCUGGAUGAGUUCACGAACGACUUUGCAAAGGAGCUGCUGGAGUACAGAAAGAUCCAGAAGGAGAGGAGGCGUUCUUACUCCAGGUCUAGGUCGUCCUACAGUAGCUCUUCCUACUCCAAAUCCCGUUCCCGUUCUCGUUCAUACUCCCGUUCCUCCAGUCGUUCCAGAUCCCGUUCCAGAUCCCGUUCCAGGUCUUACUCCCGCUCCUCCCCUUACUCCCGCCGCCACGGACGACCUCGCGGCUACCGCUCCCGCUCCCGUUCCCGCGGCUACCGCCGAUCACGCUCGCCACCGCCUUACCGGGGCCGAGAUGUGGCGGGACGGGGGAGAGGACGGGGACGAGGAGGGGGGUACCGGUCACGCUCCAGAUCACCAGGCCAAGGGGGUUACCGGACCCACACACCUCCACCCCCACUCCAGGAAGCCUGCCGCUGCUGGGCCGCGCCGCCUGAGGGAGAGAGGAAAUACCCGGGCCGGACCGGGGAGAGGGAUCGGGAGAGGGAGCCGGCGGUGUACGGCCGAGGCCCAGACCACAACGACCCGUACGAGAAGGAGAGGUACCGGGAGUGGGAGAGGGAAUACAGGGAGUGGUACGAGAAAUACUUCAAAAACUACAGCUCCCACAACCCCCUUCCCAAUACCCCCCUCCCUACAGGGGCCGAUCGGCGCUUAGCUCCACCCCUGCCCCUGUGCCACCCCCAGCCGGACGAAACAGACCCCCACAGCCCUCCUCCCCCCUCUGACUUCUACCCCUCCCCUCGACACCGCCUGGACCGUGAAUCCUCCCCCUUCAGCCGAGGGAGGAGGCGAGGUGAGGGCUAUCCCCCUCCCCCCUCACACCCCUCCCCCAGGGGCAGGAACCAGCCAAUGACUUACCAGGAGAAGUGUGCUGAGCAGUUUGGACAUCUGCCGCUGGCCCGGCCAGCCAAUCAGGAUCCUCAGAUGCCACUGAAGGUCGCUAAGGGUGACGGAGGUCCGUCGUCGAGCAUCGCCGGUGCCACGGUCACUGUGACCUCCGACCUGAAAGAGCAGAAGCACAGGAAGAGGAAGAGGAGGAAGACGGAGGAAGGGAGAGGGGGAGGAGAAUCCUCGUACUCCAGUGCGUCUGACUCUACGGACGACGCUCGGAAAGAAGAGAAGAAGAGAACCAGGAGGACUCCCGUUGGCUCGUCAAGCCACGAUGACUCCACCCCCGUACGGGACGAGCCAAUGGACAGCGACGCCUCAGACGUAGUCCCGGACAAAGCUGAUAGGUGGACCGGGGACAGUAAGGGGGAGGUAGAGGGGAGAAGAGGAGGGUCCAAACGCAGACCGGACUUCAGCACAGCUAGGAAAGACUCACCGUCCAAGAGCUGGAAGACCGACAGAGAGAGAGACGCAGAGACAGACCGGGACGAGACUGGGACAGACCGGGAAAAGAUCACCCCAGCCAGUAGAGACCGGGACAAGAUCACCCCAGCCAAUAGAGACCGGGACAAGAUCACCCCAGCCAGUAGAGACCGGGACAAGAUCACCUCAGCCAGUAGAGACCGGGACAAGACCACCCCAGCCGGUACAGACCGGGGCAAGACCACCCCAGCCGGUACAGACCGGGGCAAGACCACCCCAGCCGGUACAGACCGGGACAAGACCACCCCAGUCGGGACAGACCGGGGCAAGACCACCCCAGCUGGUACAGACUACCAGGAGACCUCUCUAACAGAACCGUCAGUCAAACGGGUCAAAGAUGAAUUUACUCCCCUCCAACCAGACUCUUCCAAACCCACCUCCCCCCAACCCCCUGCACCCCUAACAUCAGCUCCCAAACUACCACCUCCUAAACCCGACCCAGACCAGGUCAAGCCGGUUAGAAUCGACCCAGACCCAUUCAAACCGGUUAGAACUGACCCAAACCAGUUUAAACCUGUCAGAACCAACCCAGACCAAUUCAAUACAGUUAAAACCGACCCAGACCAGUUUAAACCGGUUAGAACUGACCCGGACCAGUUGAAACCGUUCAGAACCGACCUGGACCAUUCCAGACCAGCCAAGGAGGAGCAGAGAGGGAAGCGAGAUCCAGAGUUUCGGCAGGACAGGGGCUCAGGGAGAGAGGACAAGCCCAGGAGAGAGGCUGACAGGCUGGGUAGAGAACAGGAGAGAGCCCCUGGCAAAGCUCCAGACACCAAGCCUGAGAAGAAGAAGAGGAGGAGGAGGGGGAAGGAGGAGGAGGAGGAGGAGAGGAAGGCGAGAAAGGAGGAGAGGAGUACGUCUGAUAAGGAGAUGGAGGUGCCCCAAAUCAAAUCUCCCAGAGUGGAGCUCACCGAGACACCAAAACCCUGCAACCCCAAACGUGACGUAGAGAAGGAGAUGGAGAGGGGUUCCAUAAGGCCUCUGAUGGAGGGAGAGCCUCAGAGGAAGAUCAAGAACAACAACAGAGGAGGAGGAGGAGGAGGAGGAGGGAGGCUGGCUGGGGCUGGUGUGGUUGUGGGCGUGGCCGGAACAGAGGCAGCCAAUCAGAGCGGCUAUAUGAAGGGAAGCGUAGAGAGGAGCAGAGCCAAGAGGGGCUGUAAGGUCCUGGCGCCCGACGGAUCAGGAGCCGUAGUGGAUUACACCAGCACCAGUCCCCCAGGGGGCAGUAGUCCUGUGUGUGGUGGAGCAGAGGGCAGAGCAGAGCAGAGGAAGACUGUCGUUAAAACACUGGAGGAAUACACCAACGACAGCUCCGCACCUGCUGACGACCAGAUAGUACUCGUACAGGUCCCUCGGUCCAAGUGGGAGAAGGAGGACUACGAAUCAGAGGAAGAGGAAGGAGGAGGGGUCAGGGUUCAACUCCGCCCCCUGCUCAACCCCUCUCUCCCUUUCCCCCCUGGAACCCACAUCACCGUGACAACAGAGACCGUGGCAAUGCGUGCGAAAGAGAGGGACCGUACCUUUCCCAAGCCAGAGAGAACUCUGUCCCCCUCUAGUGGCAGAGACGGAGAAGACAGCCUGCAGGAUGGAAAACACUCCAAAGACCACAUAGCUACUGAGAAAGACAGAGAGAUGGAGGGAGAGAGGGAGCGGUUAAAGGAGAUGGAGGGAGAGAGGGAGCAGUUAAAGGAGCGGGAGAGAGAGAGGGAGCAGUUAAAGGAGCGGGAGAGAGAGAGGGAGCGGUUAAAGGAACGGGAGAGAGAGAGGGGGAAAGAGAGAGAAAGAGAGAGGCAGCACAGCCGCGCUUCUGACAAAGAGAUGGACAGACCUUCCUCUCAGCGGCCGGAGCGAGAGAGGAGAGAGAGAGAGCGAGAGAGGACUUGGCGGAGAGGGAGCGACCACGGCAGUGAAAAGAGCUCCUCUUCCUCCUCACACUCUUUCUCACGCGACCGUAAACCCUCUUCGUCCAGGGACCACAACUCAACCUCUGACCCCAGACCACCUGACCCCAGAGCCAGAGACCACAGAGACCACAGAGACCACAAACAGAGAGACCACAAACAGAGAGACCACCUCGACCACAAACGUAAAGACAGCAAAGACCAGAACUCCUCCACCGUUGACCGUAACACAAACUCUACUGACCGCAGACCACCAGACGACCAAGAGACCACCAGAGAGCAGAGAGACCACCCCAAAGACCACAGAGACCACCUCGCCGACUGCAGACAACCAGACCACGGAAAGCUAGGCAGUGCCUCUCCGCCCUCCAAGAGAGACCCAGCCCCAUCUGACCCCUCCUCCUCCAGCACCCAGAGAGAUCAGGGAGGGUCUGAGCCCACCAGGCCCAGAGAGAGCAGCCCUGGCAGGGACACGACGCAGGACAUAUACCCCUCUCUUCCGGUCUCCAGCUCCAUGGAGAACCAGCCCAGGAGAGGGGAGGCUGAGGGAGAGGAACCCAGAGCAGAGCGCUCCUCAGCGGGGAGGGAGAGCCAGCAGGCCAGCCUAGGCACCCUAGAGAAGGAGAUGAGUGGUGGAAAGUCCCCCAUACAGCCCCCCAGGACUGACAACAGGGCAGGGGUACCCCGAGCUGUCAGAGAGAGAGAAAGAAAGAAGGAGAGAGAGGGGGAGGUGCAAAGGAUGAGAGAGAAGGAGAGGGAGAGGGAGAAGGAGAGAGGGGUGCAGAAGGAGAGAGAGAGGGAGCACCCUAAAGUCAGACCUCCUCCCUCGGUCCCUUCUUCCAGAUCUCCUCCCUCAGUCCCUUCUUCCAGAUCUCCUCCCUCAGUCCCUUCUUCCAGAUCUCCUCUCUCUGUCCCUUCUUCCAGAUCUCCUCCCUCGGUCCCUUCUUCCAGAUCUCCUCCCUCUGUCCCUUCUUCCAGAUCUCCUCCCUCUGUCCCUUCUUCCAGACCUCCUCCUGACCUGGCCAGAGAGACUGAUGAAGCGGCCUUCGAACCUGACUACAGCGAGGGAGAGAUCUCAGAGGGGGAGGACAGGGGGGAGGAGGAGGAGGAGGAGGAGGGAGAGAAAAAAGUGUCCGGACAGAGAGCGGCGUCGGGAGAGAGAGCGGCGUCGGGACAGAGAGCGGCGUCGGGACAGAGAGCGGCGUCGGGACAGAGAGCGGUGGUUGGGGGCAGCAGCAGCAGAAGUCGUAGCAGCAGCUCCAGCUCUGUCGGUAGCCUGGGCAACAAGAAAGACAAGAAGAAGAAGAAGGAGAAAAAGGAGAAGAAGAAACGGAAGAAGAAGAAGAAGAAGGAGAAAAAGGAGAAGAGACAGGCGAGCCUGGAGGCUGAGGAGGGAGAGAUCACAGGACUGAAACACAAGAAGAAGAAGAAGAAGGAGAAGGAGGAGGACGAGGAGAUGGGGAGAGAAGAAGACCCGAAUUGCUAGCGGAGCCUAAUGAGACGUUUCAUUGUGAAGCGUUCAACGCGUUUCAGCCCAAGAGUGUGUCCCAAAACCCUAUUCCCUAUCUAGUACACACUACUUAAGGCUCUGGAUAAAAAAGUAGUGCACUAGAUAAGGGAGUAGGGAGCCAUUUUGGAGGAAGGAUAUUGGUUUCCUUCUUAGACUCUGUCAGGUGAGGACUCAGGGGAUCACCCAGGCUGCAUUCCAAAUCCCAUCCUAUUCACUAUGUAGGGCACUGUGUAGGGCACUGUGUAGGGCUCUGUGUAGGGGAUAGGGUGCCAUUUGUGACGAUCGGAAGAGGACUUACCGCUCUGCGCUGUUCACUUUAGUUCAACACUUUAUCUGGUUUUGCUGAGGAUUUUUGAAUUCAUUUAAAUACAUUUUAAGGCUGACGUAUGAAAUAUUAAUUUUGGACUGUUCUAACUUGGGCUGCUGCUUGGACGAGUCGGUUUGCUUGAGUGAUGGUUGGAACUUUUAUUUUAUUUUUUGUGUUUAAAAAAGGAACUAAUUGCAAAACGUUGAUUUGUUCCCCCCCCCCCAGGUCCUUUUGAAGAGUUUGUACAACCUAGGCUGCGUCCCAAAUAGCAACCAGUUCCCGAUGUAGUGGACUAUAUACAGAAUAGUGAACCCCUGUUAGGGACGCGCGCGAAAUACCGUCUUUCACGUCGGAAUGUGCAUUUUUGAGUGAAAACGUUUAGGAGGAAGGAAAAGGUACUUUCAAGAUAGAGAUGAAUGUUACUCUGCUGUUAGCAGGCUGGGCCAGAGCAUCUUAGUGGAAGUAAUGGGCCUAGGGGCUGCUAAACUAUUUCCCCUAAUUCACCAGAUUUCCCAGAAAUCCCGGUUGAGAGGAUUCCCCUUCUUGAUUUCAGGAAUCUGGGAAUUUGUUCAAGGCCAAGUGGCAGUAGUUGGUUCCACGUCUUAUGGUACCGGAAUUAAUUAUAUUUACACAAUUAUGACAGUAUGUGAAUAUUGUUGCUAGUUGAGCUGGACUGGGUAGAGAUCCACUGGAGGGUGUUUAAGGGACAUGUUGGAUUGAAGGGUUCCGUGCGUUGCACUGUGAAGAUUAAAAAUCUAUCUGUUUCCUGUUUUGGUUUUUAGUUUUGCAAUGACCUCUGUUUAAUUUAAACUACCAGCUGAAUGAAUACCGGAGGGACAUUUUUUUAUUUUUAUUUUUCUCUUGUUUUGAAGAUAAUAAAAAAAACUUUUCAGCAAAAAUGUUGAUCUCCAUUUUCUUGUUUUUCACCUCUGCUUUUAAAAAAGGGCUUCAAAUGUGGAUAAUUGUAUAUUAAGGGUCUGUAAUAAAACGUUUAUAAAGGCAUUUACAAACCGUUUACUCACCUUUUAUUACCUUUAUUCCUACAUCUGUUCAUGUUAGUAAAGCUAGUCACACAUUUAUAUUUCCUUAAACAUCCUGUGUUGUU